AGACAGACCGGUUCGAUGAAAGGUCGGCCAUUUUCAAAGUGUGAAAAAACUGGACUGGCCCAGUCAGGAGAAGAUCGACACGCACGCCGAAAGUGUUAGCUGCUGCGUUUCGUCUGGCUUCAGCUCGGAAAAGUUACUAGUUAUUUUUUUUCCCUGAAAUCCAUCAGCGGACCCAAUUUGAGAAGUGAACGGUGCGAAACGGAUCUAAAACGGCGCCAAUAACAGAUUCCAGCAUGAGUAGCUACGGGAGGCCACCGCCACGAAUCGACGGAAUGAUUUCCCUCAAGGUCGAUAACCUUACUUACCGCACGACCCCGGACGAUUUGCGACGCGUCUUCGAACGCUGCGGUGAGGUGGGAGACAUUUACAUUCCUCGUGAUCGUCAUACGCGCGAAAGCCGUGGCUUUGCGUUUGUCAGAUUCUACGACAAGCGCGACGCUCAGGAUGCUCUCGAUGCCAUGGACGGACGCAUGUUGGACGGCAGGGAGUUGCGCGUUCAGAUGGCCCGCUAUGGACGGCCCACUUCUCCUCAGCGCGGUGGAGGUGGAGGCGGUGGCAGACGAUAUGGCGGAGGUCGCGAACGUGGCCGUUCCCGUGAUCGCCAUCGUCGCCGUUCCCGCUCGCUAGAUCGUCCCCGUGGCGGAGUUCGUCGAUCCUACUCUCGGUCGCGAUCCCGCUCCCGGGACCGUUCCCGUUCGGGAAGCAAAUCGUCCCGCGGUAAGGAGUCCAGAUCCCGCAGCCCACUGGAUCGGGGAACGCACUAUUAGAUUGUAGAAUCUAUCGCACAGGCCAAUCCAGAUGUUGUGGCCGGUGUUUCCCCUCAUUUCAAACAUAAUGGACCAGAAAAUGAUCCAGCCAAAAAAACGCAGCGAAAACAACAUUAGAUGAUGACCCCAUUUAGAGUGACCGUGUGCGUUUGUUUAACGUAAAAUAACUACUCUCAGCAACUACAAAACAAGCAUAUAAAUUUAUUUAAAACAAAAUAAUAAAUGGAAGACGGACAAACAGUAAACAAAUGGUGUGUGGAAUAACUUGUAAGCAAAAGCGGAUGGAGAAGGAAUGAGCGGGGCAUCCCCGGAGUAUGCAGCGAUGAUUUGCGUGGCGAAAGGAAACCGCAAACUUUUGCAGGGCAAAUUGCGGUUGCAUGCUGCUCACGUGCUGCUGCUGCGGUUGCCUGAUGGUGAUAGGAGAGAAAGAGAGAGAGAGUAUAUCAUGAGAGAAAGAGAGCGAGGCGACAUCGACUUCGACUGCGAGCGCGACUUACGACCCGCUAAAAUGCAUCGGUGCCGUCUUCCGUCGGGGUGCUGAUUGCUGGCUGACGGUGCGACGCUCUCUCCGGUUCCGAGAUCCCCCCCCAUUUUCCGGGCGUCGAGCUUUUGGCCGCGCGCAGUUUACCUGUCCUGUCGUCGGUUUUGAGCGCGCACUGCACGCUGGGUUUGCGGUGCGCAGAAAAUGUCCAAACAACUUCCAAGAGAAUUUGCUGUGCCUUGCUGAAUUGUAUCGCUCUGGCUCAAGCCUGAACUGGUGAGGAGAAAAUGCUGUUUUAUUUUGGAGUCGGGAGUGCAUCCGGUAGGAGUGGCCCCCUGACUGGCUGGUGAUGUAGUGGAGAUACGUAGCAGGAGAAGCAGGUCUUCGGUCAUUAGAUACGGGAACAACUUAUUUGUCGAGCUCCGAAUGGUGGUGAGCCCUGCCAGUGGCCUUCAGCUGCUUGCAGGAGAAAACUAGACCAGCACUAGUUUUCUUUUGCCCCGGCUGUUGGUGCCUGUUGCUGCUGCUGCUGUUGCCGUUGCAGAAGGCGUCUCCGUAGCUGCCGAAUUUCUUUCUCUCUCUGUUUCUUUUUCUUUUCCUUCUUUUUCUAGUGCUCAGUAUCGGCUUUUUGCAAAUUUUUGUGUUCUGUUUUUAUUUAUUUGCUCCAAAGUAUUCUUCCAUGUCUGUACCGAUGAGCGAUGCUGACACGAAACGAGAUACAUGCGAGCAGACAGACUGAAAGAGAGCACUUGAAAGUGUAGCUGAGCCAGAUGUUUUUCCCCGGGGGUUUUGAUCCAGGGCAGCCCAUCGCAGUUUAGAGAACGAGUGCCGUUAAUCGCACGCGAGGCAGGAGAAGUUGGGGAAUCUUUGGUAGCUGAGGAAAGAGAGAGGGUGUGUUUCCAGAACUCCUGGCAAGCUGUUUCCAGUCGCCGGGUUACGUACCACGAGUUUCAGACUUUUCUAUUUCUAGGUUACUGUGAUACAUUAUCGUUAAGUUCCGGCUACCUGUUCCAGACCAGAUCCAAACAUAGAUUAGUUUUAUACUUUCAGAUAAGCCCCAAUCUCCCAACUAUUCGUUACUUCGCACUACUCUGACGGAAUCACACAAUCAUCGAUGGCAAAUCCAAGGAAGCCCCUCCCUCUCCAAAUGCAUCAUACCGACUAACAUCAACAACAGACGGUAAGUCCGAUUAGAUUAGAACUUUGGAGAAUGAUAUUUUUUCUCACAUAAUUUAAUGAACACAAAUUUAAUUUUACUUCAAUGAAGAACAUAAAUUUUAAGCUACAAUUCAUGCGUAAUCCCAAGAAAUAUUCUACUGUAUGAAUAGAUACAAAAAAAACCUGCGAAAUAAAUUGAUGAUACAAUCCUCCUUA